CAUGUAUAAGUCCGAAGAACAAAAUCUCGUCUAGAAUAUUUGGAAAUCACUGGAAUACACGCUUCAAAUGGAAGUUUGAUCAUGAGAAUUAGUCUUAUUUACAAAUCACGCAAUUAAAAACUGAUAAAGUGAAUAGGUCUAUUUAAUUUAACCUUUAAUUAUCUUUUUAAUCCUAUAAAUAUCCGAUACCAAUAGAAAAAAAAUCUGCCUUCAAGAAGAAGGAGAAGAAUAGUGAAACCAUGAAAGCACGUUUUUUUCAUGUCAUUGUGUCGUAAACAAUCAGAAAUUUAUGUCACUUGAUUUUCUUCGGAUAUUUCCUUCCUGAAUAACGUGCAGUUUGGACUUUGGAUGUGCACGUUACAAAAGGGCUCACGUGGAUUCGCGUAUUAAAUUGUCGUAUUCAAUUUCAAUUGUGUGAAAUACGACGAUGGCUGAAAUCAACGCCAGGAGAGAGGCGAGAAGGCGGCGAAUAUUAGAAAACUCGGAAAGUCGUCUACGCAGAAUUACAGGGAGAGUUAAUCCGGUGGAAAUCAAAGAUAAUGAUCCACAAGUGGAAAGCAACAGUCUUAAAGCAGAAUCUAAUUUUGAAGAGGACAAUAUCAGAAAUGGUGUAUGCAAUAUCAGUAGCGGCACAAAAUUGCAAAAUUGCACAAGAUUUGACAACAGACAUGAAAAUUUGUUAAAUGACAUCAGCAAUAAGAAUAUACAUUCAUCAGAACAAGCAUCUAAAUCAGAAUUUAUGUUAUACACAUUAUUAUUCAAUCGUAUCAGUUUUAUCUUGCUAGCUGGAAUUGUCAAUAUUUUGUUAGUGCUGAAACUCGACUAUUUAUUUGGGCAGGCAGUUAUUAUACCUUACUUAUUAUUGAUGAUGGGACGUUUAUACAGCUGUAUGACAUUAUACGAAGCACAAGACAAUAGUUUAUUAGUCAUUGCUUUGAUGUUGUGCAAUGUUAAACCUAGAUUAAUUUAUAUAUUUAAAGUAUCAUUCGCGUUAUUCACCAUGAUAUUUAAUGAUUUUUGCUUAUAUAUGUUUAGUUUUGUAUUGAUGCGCUAUAUCAUUAUUCGCUAUUAUUACUAUAAUGCUGCAGUACCAACAAAUGCAUAAUUACUCAUGGUAAAGGAGUGAGUAUAGGUAAAAUAGGAUUCUAUUGUUGGAAAUUUUGUACAAUGUUGAAAAGGUAGAAAGUUCUCAGAAGAAUAUAAAUUGAUAUAUUAUUUUUAAAAAUCUG